CCUCUCUUCGUCACGGCCUCCUCCUCCUCCUCCUCAGGAUUGGAAACAUGGGCACUACAAUUCCCAAGAGCCCUUUCGAGAUCCAGGAGGAGGAGGUUUGCCUUGGAGCGCGCCAGUUUCUGCUUUUGGGGCUUCCGGAGCUGCUGCUGCUGCUGUUGGGAGCUUUUGCAGGAUUUGAUCUCGUAGCCGGGGAAGGAGGCAAGCCGAGGGGGCUGAGAAGCCCAGGAGAUCUUGGGGUCCCCAAAUCCCCUUCCAGCACCAUGCACAGGAGAUAUCUCCAGGAAAUUCCAGAUUCGGGCAGCAAUCUCAACACAGGUUUCACAUGGGGAUGGAAUUCCAGCAAGACGUCAGAGCUGCUAUCAGGCAUGGGUGUCUCUGUCCUUAAGGAUAAGUUAGGCAAUGAGAACACCCCCCAGGAGCUGCUGGUGUGUGUGGAUCCACCCCCCAAACGGCAGAAAGUCAAGGACACAGAAUUUGUGAUUGCCCGCCGACCUAGGCUGCUCCGAGAGGUGGCAACAGGUGUUUCUUGGGAUACUUUGCCUGAUGAACUCCUGCUAGGAAUCUUUUCUUAUCUCUCCUUGAUCGAUCUGCUAAAAGUUUCCCAAGUUUGCCAGAGGUGGCACCGACUUUCGCUUGAUGAGUCACUCUGGCAGACUCUUGAUCUUGCAGGUAGAAAUCUGUUGCCAGGUGUAAUUGGUCAGUUGCUGCCGUUGGGUAUAACUGCCUUCUGUUGUCCGAGAUCUUGCAUUGCGAACCCUUCAUUUAAAACAAACAGAUCCCUUCGGGUGCAACAUAUGGAUUUAUCCAACUGUACAAUGAAAGUUGCAGAUCUUCAAAGUAUCCUUAGUAGAUGUCAGAGCCUGCAAAACCUCAGCUUGGAAGGGCUGGUACUUGCUGAUGAUAUCAUUGAAAGUAUAGCACAGAACUCCAACUUGGUACGACUGAAUCUCUGUGGAUGCUCUGGAUUUUCUGUAGAAACCUUGGUGGCAAUGUUGAACAGCUGUUCCAGUCUAGACGAACUGAAUUUGUCCUGGUGUGACUUCACAGCAGAUCAUGUGACAGCAGCAGUUAAUCAUAUUCCUUCAAAAGUAACACAGCUGAAUAUCAGUGGAUACAGACACAAUCUGCUGAUGUCAGAUGUUAAAACAUUAUUAGAGCGGUGUCCCAACUUGGUCCAUUUAGACAUAAGUGACAGUGUUAUGUUGAAGCCUGAUUGCUUUCAGUACUUCUACCAGCUCACACAUCUUGAGCACUUGGGUCUCAGUCGAUGCUAUCAGAUACCACCAGCAGCCUUACUAGAACUUGGUGAAAUAGCUACACUCAAAACGCUCCAGGUUUUUGGAAUAGUGACUGCCAGUUCCCUACAACUUCUAAAAGCAACACUUCCUCAUUUAAAGAUCAACUCUUCCUAUUUUACACCAAUUGCAAGGCCUACAGUUGGUUGCAAGAAGAACGAGAUUUGGGGGAUUCCGUGUAGACUGAGCAUGAAAAGUCCAGUUGCCUUUUAACGUGACUUCAAAAACAUUUUUAGUUAAUAGCAACAGCUGUGCUACUAAAACCUGGAGUUCUUCCAAAAUGGGGUUUUAACCUCAUAAUUUGCAGUGCAGUCCACAACUGCUUAAACUGACUUAUUUGCAGACAAGUACCAGCAGGUGGAUUCUACUAUUUCUAAUGUAUUUUUUGGGGGCUAUUUUAACUGAAGUCUAUUCAAGACUGACUAAUCAUGUACAAAGUGUUGACAUUUAAGCAACAUGUGCAUCACCUGCUUUUGGAAAUACUAUUUUAGAAGAUAUUCUCAGCAGUUUUUAGGUAAAUGUUUCCAUGUUUUUAUAUAUUUUAUAUACCUAUUCCUCUGGGACUAUCAUUGGUCACACAAAUAAAGCCACCUUAUGAGGAUUUUA